AUUCGAACGAAGGAAGACUUGCAUCAAAAUGGCCUCUUCUACUGUUAGAGACAAGGCACUUCGGCUGAUGCGUUUGGUUAAUUCAGCUUCAUGCAGAUGUCCAGCACAUUCACAAGCCUUUGGUUCAAGUCACUGUAAUCGUCUUCAGUCAUCAAAUGCAGAGAAACAUGUUGAGCCAGAGUACGCUUUUGAGAUGGCUAGCUCUAGUAUCAGAUAUGGACAUGGAGUAACUAGAGAAGUUGGCAUGGAUUUCAAGAACAUGGGUUUAAACAAUGUGUGUGUUGUGACUGAUCAGAAGCUUGCCAGUUUGCCACCAGUCCAACAGGCUGUAGAAUCUUUAACUAUGAAUGGAAUUAAACAUGAUGUCUUUGAUAAAACAAGGAUUGAACCUACUGAUCGAAGUUUCAAGGAAUGCAUUGAAUUUGCAAAGAAAGGCCAAUAUGAUUCUUUCCUUGCCGUUGGUGGUGGUUCGGUCAUGGAUACAGCAAAAGCAGCAAACCUUUAUUCCUGUUUCCCAGACAGUGAUUUCCUAGAUUUUGUGAAUGCUCCCAUUGGACAUGGGAAGCCUGUGGAUAAACGACUUAAACCACUCAUUGCAGUUCCAACCACAGCAGGGACAGGCAGUGAGACAACUGGGGUAGCAAUAUUUGACUAUGAGCCUUUGAAUGCCAAAACAGGUAUUGCAAACAGAGCAAUUCGUCCUAUACUUGGUAUUGUUGAUCCAUUGCAUACCCUACACAUGCCAGAAAGAGUAGCAGCGAACAGUGGCUUUGAUGUGCUAUGCCAUUCAAUCGAAUCUUACACAGCUAUCCCUUACACCAAGAGAGGACCUCGACCAGAAAACCCUAACAUGAGACCUGCUUACCAGGGAAGCAAUCCAAUCAGUGAUGUGUGGGCCACACAUGCUCUAAAUAUUCUACACAAGUACAUGAAGAGAGCUGUUAAAGAUCCUGAAGAUUUAGAAGCAAGGUCUGCUAUGCAUUUAGCGAGUGUUUAUGCUGGAGUAGGGUUCGGCAAUGCAGGGGUACACUUAUGUCAUGGAAUGUCAUAUCCAAUAUCUGGUCUGGCAAAGUCCUACAWGGCUGCAGAUUAUGAUGUUGAAUAUUCAUUAGUGCCACAUGGUCUAUCAGUAGUUCUCACAGCCCCUGCAGUCUUCAGUUUCACAGCACCAGCCUGCCCUGACCGACAUAUCGAAGCUGCUAAACUAUUAGGUGCUGACACGACCAAUGUAAAGAGGGAAGAUGCUGGAUUACUUCUGUCCGACACGCUCCGUCAGUUCAUGUUAUCAUUAGGUGUUGAUAACGGUUUAAAAGCAAUUGGUUUCAGCAACGAUGACAUUCCCGCUUUAGUCAAAGGAACAUUGCCCCAACAACGGGUUACGAAACUAGCCCCAGCGGGUGCCCCUGGGGAGGAAGAGUUGGCGAUGUUGUUCGAAACAUCAAUGACUGUGUAUUAAUCUUUAAAGUGUAAAAGUAACCAGUGAUGCUGACCAUAAUCCCAGAAAGAAAAAAAGAAAAUUCCGGUUGAAAAAACCUAAAGUAUGUCACAUUCCAAUCUUCCAACCGAGGGAACCACUUUUCCCGCUCUUUUAGAUUCUUCCGAUAGACGCGUGCGUGUACAUUUGUCGGAAGUCAAAAUUUUCCCGCUCUUUUCUUACAAUUAGUAAACGAAUUUCCAACCGGACAGAGUGGUUGAACAAUAGUAAGCAGCCCUCAGGAAACUUUUGGAAUCCUUUUUUUUAUACGGGAGUUGUGAAGCUAUUCAGUUUUGAUUUGGUCAUAUCGAUAUUAAUCUAAUUUCUUGCUGAACACAUAUUACUAGCAAGAGUAUUUGUGCUUUAAGGAAGGGGUGACUGGGGGGAGGGGGAGCGGGGUUAUAUUAGGGACCUUAAGCUGCAGGACGGGAACGACGACGACGACGGCAACCAUACAAUAGCACYAAUUGCGCUAUUCAAUAGAUACUCGUUGGAAUGUACGAAAUACUGUGCAUCGUUGCCGUCUUAUGCUGAAAGUAAGACGUGAAAUGUCCUAUUUUUACGUACUAAAGAGAACGGCUACGACAAAAGCUUAUCUUUGCUGAUUUUCGUUAUAAGUAAAGCGCUCUCCCAAAAGACGUCUUUUCACUCUAAAACGGGGAUGCUUAUUGAAUAAAAUACUAGGUAAACACGAAAUAAUAAUACAAUAGAAGGUUGAAGCGCCUAAAUUUUGCCGACGUUGUCGCCCACGUUGCCGUCCUGCAGCUUAAGGUCCCUAUUGUCACAACUUCACAAGGAAAACCGACCAAAAAUAAUAAAGUUGGCAACAGUGGAUGUACACAACUUAGGCCUAAAUAAAACCUUUUUUAUGAAAAUCUA